AUGAAACUAUAUCUGGGAAAGGGGUUUCUGGCGUUCUGGGUUCGUAUUCGGGGGCAAUGGUUUGGAUAUUCUGGAUACCUUGCUCUACAUCUCGGAUUGCCACUGGAGUUGGCAUUGCCUUGCAUACUUCUUAUCACUUGCAUAAAUACCCCACAGCAGUGGUUGGAAACAGACGUAUUCUAUUUUGAUUCGAUGCUGCAAACAUUCGUCGCUGGCCUUUGUAGUGGAUCAUAG